AUCGGGGAGCAGAGCGGCGCCGACGUCAUUUCCAGGCGGAGGUCGGCGGCGAAACAGGGAGGAAGCGAGCAAGGCUUUCCCCAACCAGCCUCACAAAUGGACGUGGAAGGCUUUGGUGAGCUCCUGCAGCAGGCAGAGCAGCUUGCGGCCGAAACAGAGGGCAUUGCUGAGCUCCCUCACGUUGAGCGCAACCUCCAAGAGAUCCAACAGGCCGGAGAACGGCUCCGCUCUCGGACGUUAACCCGCACGUCGCAGGAGACCGCAGAUGUCAAGGCAUCGGUGCUACUUGGUUCCCGAGGGCUUGACAUCUCCCACAUCUCUCAGCGGCUAGAGAGCCUUAGUGCAGUGACAACAUUUGAGCCUCUAGAACCCGUGAAGGACACAGAUAUACAGGGUUUCCUCAAAAAUGAAAAAGACAAUGCCUUGCUGUCUGCCAUCGAAGAGUCCAGGAAACGGACCUUUGCUAUGGCUGAGGAGUACCAUCGGGAAUCAAUGCUGGUCGAAUGGGAACAGGUGAAGCAAAGGAUCCUUCAUACGCUGCUGGCCUCAGGAGAAGAUGCCUUGGAUUUUACACAGGAGAGUGAGCCCAGUUACGUCAGCGAGUUAUCACAACCAGGCCGCAGUUCUUUGGACAACAUUGAGAUGGCCUAUGCCCGGCAAAUUUAUAUUUAUAAUGAGAAGAUCGUCAACGGGCACCUGCAGCCCAACCUUGUGGACCUGUGUGCUACUGUCGCCGAACUGGAUGAUAAGAACAUUUCUGACUUGUGGGCCAUGGUGAAGCAAAUGACCGACGUCCUCUUGGUUCCUGCAAGCAAUGCGUUGAAAGUCCGCACAAGCAUGGAGGUCCAGAUGGACUUUGUGAAGCAGGCCCUCCAAUACCUGGAGCAAAGUUACAAGAACUACACCUUGGUGAUGGUCUUUGGAAACCUGCAGCAGGCCCAGCUGGGAGGAGUGCCUGGGACCUACCAGUUGGUCCGUAGCUUCCUGAACAUCAAACUCCCAGUGUCCGUUCCAGGACUUCAGGACGGGGAAGUGGAAGGCCAUCCUGUUUGGGCGCUCAUCUACUACUGCAUGCGCUGCGGGGACCUGAUGGCCGCCUUGCAAGUGGUGAACCGAGCCCAGCACCAACUGGGAGAAUUUAAAAGUUGGUUCCAGGAAUACAUGCACAACAAAGAUCGAAGGCUGUCUCCAGCCACCGAGAACAAAGUCCGCCUGCAUUACAGACGUGCCCUGAGGAACAACACCGACCCUUACAAAAGAGCUGUUUACUGCAUCCUGGGCCGAUGCGACAUCGCUGACAGCCACAGCGAAGUGGCAGACAAGAUAGAAGAUUAUCUGUGGCUCAAGCUGAACCAGGUGUGCUUUGAUGACGACGGCUCCAACGCACCGCAGGACCGGUUGACUUUGUCCCAGUUCCAGAAACAACUACUUGAAGACUAUGGUGAAUCUCAUUUUCUGGCAAACCAGCAAUCGUUCCUUUACUUCCAAGUCUUGUUCCUGACGGCCCAGUUCGAGGCGGCCAUCGCUUUCCUCUUCCGCACAGAGCGCUUACGUUGCCACGCCGUCCAUGUUGCCUUGGUCCUCUUUGAACUCAAGAUGCUCCUGAAGUCUUCCGGGCAGAGCGCACAGCUUUUGAGCCAUGAAGCUGGAGACCCUCCGGCCAUCCGCCGCCUGAAUUUUGUCCGCUUGGUGAUGCUUUACACCCGCAAGUUCGAGUCCACCGACCCUCGAGAAGCCCUGCAAUACUUCUAUUUCCUCCGGAAUGAGAAGGACAGCCAAGGGGAGAACAUGUUCUUGCGCUGCGUGAGCGAGCUAGUGAUCGAAAGCAGAGAGUUUGAUAUGAUCCUCGGAAAGCUGGAGAACGACGGAAGUAGAAAGCCUGGAGUCAUUGACAAGUUCACCAAAGACACCAAGCCCAUUAUUAACAAAGUUGCUUCGGUAGCGGAAAGCAAAGGGCUGUUUGAGGAAGCUGCCAAACUGUACGACCUUGCCAAGAACCCAGACAAGGUCCUGGAGCUGAUGAACAAAUUGCUCAGCCCCGUCGUCUCUCAGGUCAGCAUUCCCCAGUCGAACAAGGAACGGUUGAAGAACAUGGCUCAAUCCAUUGCCGAGAGAUACAAGGCACAGGGAAUCAGUACCACAAAGCCCGUCAACUCUACUUUUUUCUUAUUGUUGGACUUGAUCACCUUUUUCGACGAAUACCACGCCGGUCACAUUGACAAGGCUUUCGGUAUCAUUGAACGGCUCAAACUGGUCCCCCUCAGCCAAGAAUAUGUGGAAGAAAGAGUAGCAGCCUUCAGGAAUUUCAGCGAUGAAAUCAGACAGAACUUGUCGGAGGUCCUCCUUGCCACCAUGAACAUCUUGUUCACUCAGUACAAGAGGCUGAAAGGGACCAGUCCGGCCACUCCUGCCAGACCGCCACGUGUCGUUGAGGACCGAGACUCGCAACUCCGAUCCCAAGCGCGGGCCCUCAUUACCUUUGCCGGCAUGAUCCCGUACCGAACCUCCGGAGACACCAACGCCCGGCUGGUGCAGAUGGAGGUUCUCAUGAAUUAGAUGUUUGGGGGCGAGCUCUUGGUUUCAUUUUUGUAUCCUCCGUGGAGGAGUCCAGUUUAAUUUUGUCGGGCGGCUCUGGGUUUUCCGUUGUCAUUUCUGUUUUUUGUACGAUGUACUUUUUUGUCCACCACAAUAAAUUCUUUUGCGUUUCUA